GUGGAAUGUAUAUUUUCCAAGUUUUGGAUUCAUACGCUGUUAGCGGCUUUUGUUUGCUUUGGCUAAUAUUUUUUGAAUGUAUAUCGAUAUCGUGGUUCUAUGGCGUUGACCGUUUUUAUGAUGGUAUAAAAGAUAUGAUCGGCUAUUAUCCAAUGGUUUGGUGGAAGUUCUGUUGGUGUGUUACGACUCCGCUUAUUUGCUUGGGCGUGUUCUUCUUUAACAUAGUUCAAUGGAAACCAAUUAAGUAUUUAGAUUAUAACUAUCCAUGGUGGGCACAUGCUUUUGGUUGGUUCACAGCAUUGUCGUCGAUGCUUUAUAUACCAGCUUAUAUGUUUUGGCUUUGGAAGAAAACACCCGGAGAUACAGGCGAGAAAGUCCGAGCGAUCAUUCGAAUAGAUGAAGAUAUAAAGCAUCUCAGAGAUAAAAUGCAACAACAGACAACUAAAAACGUGGAGCUUUAUACUCUUUAGAGUAAAUUCAUUACAACCUAGGUUAAGAAACAUAUAUCCAUUUUUUUCAUUUUAACUAAAUAGUGAUUCCAGGAAAGCUUUUAGAGAUGCAUUAUAUAAAUACUUGUCC